CAAACUUCACCACCGAUUCCCAGAGACUUUUAUUAACCUUCAAAACAUUUAUUUAUUUUUCCAAUCUUCAAAUAGAGACACUCACACUCCUUAUCUUCCUCAUCCUCCAUCCCACUUUCCUCUUCAAUUAAAGGUAGAUACCUCAUUAUAUUAACACAAAAUGGCUUCAGCGGCGGAUCAUGUGUUGGUGGUGGAAGAUGGACGGCCAGCCACGGCGGAUAAUCCAUCGGCUGGACCUGUUUAUCGAUGUAAGUACGCUAAAGAUGGACUCCUCGAUCUCCCUACUGAUAUUAAUUCUCCUUGGCAGUUCUUUAGUGAGGCUGUGAAGAAAUAUCCGAAUGAGCAAAUGUUAGGCCGACGCUUAACGACUGAUUCUAAGGUUGGUCCAUAUACAUGGAUCACAUAUAAGGAAGCCCACGAUGCUGCAAUUCGGAUUGGAUCAGCCAUUAGAAGCCGAGGUGUUGAUCCGGGACAUUGUUGUGGAAUCUACGGAUCUAACUGUCCAGAAUGGAUUAUUGCAAUGGAGGCCUGCAUGAGCCAAGGGGUGACAUAUGUACCUCUAUACGAUACUUUAGGCGUAAACGCAGUUGAAUUCAUCAUCAACCAUGCCGAGGUUUCGCUAGUAUUUGUUCAAGAGAAGACAGUUUCAUCCAUCUUAUCGUGCCAAAAAGGAUGUUCUUCGAAUUUGAAGACUAUUGUGAGCUUCGGGGAAGUCUCGAGUACACAAAAGGAAGAAGCUAAGAACCAAUGUGUUUCUUUAUUUUCAUGGAACGAGUUCUCACUAAUGGGGAACUCAGAUGAGACAAAGCUACCACCUAAGCGAAAGACAGACAUCUGCACAAUAAUGUACACAAGCGGGACGACUGGAGAACCCAAAGGUGUAAUCUUAAACAAUGCAGCCAUGUCGAUCCAAGUUUUAUCCAUUGACAAAAUGCUUGAAGUCACUGAUCGACCGUGUGACACGAGCGAUGUGUUCUUCUCGUACUUGCCAUUAGCACAUGUCUAUGAUCAAGUCAUGGAGAUUUACUUUUUAUCUAGAGGCUCUUCUGUUGGAUACUGGCGUGGCGACAUACGGUACUUGAUGGAUGACGUUCAGGCUUUGCAACCUACUGUGUUUUGCGGUGUUCCACGAGUUUACGACAAAGUUUAUGCCGGUGUAAUGCAAAAAAUUUCAGCUAGUGGCUUGAUACGCAAGAAAAUCUUUGAUUUUGCCUAUAACUACAAAUUGGGGAAUAUGAAAAAAGGAUUCUCCCAAGAGGAAGCUUCUCCUCGUCUAGACAGACUUAUGUUCGAUAAGAUAAAAGAAGCAUUUGGAGGGAGAGCUCAUAUGUUGUUAUCAGGUGCAGCGCCUCUACCACGUCAUGUUGAGGAGUUCUUGAGAAUCAUUCCUGCCUCUAACCUCUCUCAAGGUUAUGGGUUGACUGAGAGUUGUGGAGGAAGCUUCACGACCUUAGCCGGAGUAUUUUCUAUGGUGGGGACAGUGGGUGUGCCAAUGCCUACGGUGGAGGCAAGGCUAGUGUCCGUACCGGAGAUGGGUUACGACGCCUUUUCCGCUGAUGUGCCAAGAGGAGAGAUUUGUCUUAGAGGGAAUUCAAUGUUUUCUGGUUACCAUAAAAGACAAGAUCUAACUGAUCAAGUCCUUAUCGAUGGAUGGUUUCACACAGGUAUUUAA